AUGAUACCCCAAGCAGAUAUUUCUUCUUUGUCUUCUUCUUCUUCUUCUCCGACGCCUCUAUGGACGUACGACGUCUUCCUCAGUUUCAGAGGCAAAGACACCCGCACAGGUUUCACAGACCAUCUCUAUGCUGCUCUGAUUCGGAAAGGAAUUAUCACAUUUAGGGAUGAUGAAAAGCUCAAGAAAGGAAAAUCCAUCUCCGAGCUCUUCAAUGCAAUUGAACAAUCAAGGUAUGUGGUCGCCAUUCUUUCGAGUAAUUAUGGCGAUUCGACAUGGUGUUUGGAAGAGCUUGCAAAGGCUGUUGAGUGCAAGGAACUGAUGGGACAGACACUAAUCCCAAUUUUCUUUCACGUCCAUCCAUCUGAGGUGGGAAAUCAAACAGGGAGUUUCGAGAUAGCCUUUUCUAAGCAUGAACAAGCCUUUAAAGGUAAUUUAGAAAAGGUAGAAAGGUGGAGAGCUGCACUUUCUCAAGCAGCCGGUCUCUCAAGAUACCAUUAUUUGCAUAAUGGAUAUGAAUCAGAACUCAUUCAAACUGUUGUCCUCAAUAUUUCCACUGAAUUAUAUCAAACAAUGCCAAGUGCAUUUACAGAUUUAGUUGGGAUGGAUUCUCGCGUAAAAGAAAUGCUUUCGUACUUAGAGAUAGGGUUGAAUAAAGUACGCAUGAUAGGCAUUUGGGGGAUGGGGGGAAUGGGUAAGACAACUAUUGCUCAUGUAGUUUCUGAAAGGAUAUGUGCUCAGUUUGAAGCAUACAGCUUUCUUUCGAAUGUUAGAGAGGUUAAGCCAUUGACUAACAAUGAAGCUCUUCAGCUCUUUAAUUGGAAAUCCUUCAGGAGUGACCAGGUUGGAGAAGAAUUUCUCGAGCUAUCUAAGAGUUUUGUAAAAUAUGCUAAUGGCCUCCCAUUGGCCAUUGAAAAUCUAGGUACAUCCCUCUUUCAGAGAAGCCUAGAAGAAUGGCCAGGAGAGGACAAAUAUCGCGUAACAAGAAUACUAGAGAGUUGUUAUGGCCACUGUCCAGCCAUUCAUAUUAAAGUUCUCCUGGAAAAAUGUCUUCUAACUCCAUUCGGAAGAAAAUUGUGGAUGCAUGAUUUGAUACAAAAAUUGGGUUGGGAAAUUGUUCGUCAAGAACAUCCUGAGGCAGGCAAACGUAGCAGGUUGUGCCUUCCCAAUGAUAUCAUCCCUGUGCUUGUAAAUAAUACGGGAAUGACUCCGGUCCAAGGUGUAUUCCUGAAUUUUCAAAAAAAUGAGGAGAUUAACUUGAGUGUUAAUGAUCCUUUUUCAGAGAUGAAAAAUCUAAGAUUGCUCAAAAUUUGGAACGGGGACUUUUUUGGAAAAGCCAAAUAUCUUUCUAACCAGUUAGCACUUUUGGAAUGGCAUGAAUGUGCUUUAAAUUAUUUGCCAUCAGAAUUUGAAUCAGAUAAGCUUGUCGAACUCAAGAUGCAUUCAAGUCGCAUUAAACAACUAUGGACAGGGGAUAAGCAUUGGAGCAGGCUAACAUUCAUUGAUAUGAGUGACUCCGAGUACUUGACCAAGACCCCCGACUUCACUGCGGUUCCAAAUCUUGAGAUUUUGGUGCUUCAAGGUUGUACAAGACUGGUUGAGGUUCACCCAUCCAUUGGAGAUCUCAAAAAACUUAUUUUGUUGAAUAUGAGAAACUGCAAAUGUGUUGAGAGCAUUCCACCUUUCAAAAGUUUGAAAUCUCUUAAAACCUUUGCUCUGUCCUCCUGUUCAAGACUCAAGAAGUUUCCCGAAAUUGAAGGAAAUAUGAAAUUCUUGUUGGAGGUCUAUUUAGAUGAGACUGCUAUUGAGGAAUUGCCUACAUCGAUUCAACAUUUCACCAGUCUUACAUCGUUGAACUUAAGAGACUGCAAAAACCUUUUGUCUCUUCCGAGUACCAUUCAAUAUUUGACAUCUCUGAAAAGCCUCAUUCUAGCUGGUUGUUCAAAGUUUGAUGAGAUACCUGAGAAUCUGAGUUGUGUGGAAUGUCUAGAGGAGCUUGAUAUAAGUGGAACUGCUAUAAGAGAAUCAUCAUUCGUUGUAGAGCUAGACAUAAGUUAUUGCAAUCUGAUGGAUGGAGCAAUUCCCAAUGAUUUUGGCAGCUUAUUGUCCUUAAGAAAAUUAAAUUUAGGUGGUAAUAAUUUUGUUCGGUUACCAGAAAGCAUCUCUCAACUCUCCAAGCUUGAAUCUCUCAACUUGAGUAAUUGUAGAAGGCUUCAAUCGCUUCCUAAGCUGCCGUUAAGUGUUCAACAUGUGAAUGCAGAACAUUGUAUUUCACUAAUGGAUUGCCAAAAUCAAUUCAAACUAUGUACUUCAGCUGUCUCAGAAAUGACGACUGUCAAUUCCCUCAACUCAUCCGAGAAUCAAGAAUAUUUUACUUCAGUUCCAAGAUGUGUCUCAAGAACGUAUACUUCUGCAGGCUUUGGAAUCACUACUUUCAGUAUAUCAUCUGAGCAUCAACAAUGGAAACCAAGUGUUGAUUCAUCGAUGCCAACUCAACUGUUUCAAAAAGACCUUGAAUUAUUGGAUUGUAGGUCAUAUUCCAUGAGCUCUGUUUGUGCUCUAAAUGAAAUUCCAGAGUGGUUCAGCAAUGUAGUUACUGGCGAUUCCAUAGAAAUCUCAAUACCUCCAGAUUUGAAAGAUAAUAAGAAGUGGAUGGGGGUUGCUGCUGUUUUCUUAGUCAAAGGACACCCUGCUGUUUCCGACAGUGAAUCAGAUUCAGAAACUUCUGAUUACUUAUAUAGAUUCACAUUGCGAACUCAUGAGUUUCAACUGGAACCAUAUCUCCUUGACUGGAAAGAAAGUUGCACCUUUGUCAGAUUUAAUUCUGAUUGUUUUCUUUGUUUUUUCUAUGUAUCUCAUCUGCGCUUUCCAAGGAUGUUAAAUGAAUCAAGAUCAAUGUGGGCUUUAUCGGAAACCAGCAGCCUGUGCAUGGUGAUCCAGAAAUGUGGGAUUCGUCUUGUUUAUGAGCAAGAUGUUGCAGGGCUUAUCCAAACAUUUAUGCAGUGUUUUGAUGGAGGCCAACAUCAAAUUGUUCUACAGGAAGUUGAUAAAGCUACAUUUGAGAGUCUGGAUGGUUUAAUGUAG